GAAGACCAAACAACCCCUUCUGUUUUCUUACCCAAACUUAACAAAAUUAUUCGAAAAAACAAAUGAAAACGAAAGAAAAACAACUAAACAUCAACAUCAAAUCCAAAUCCAAAUCCAAUUCCAUGUAAAGCACAAGCACAACAGCAACAUAUGUUUCUCUUUCUGUUUUAGUUCAGAAAAAAUAAAUCCCAUUUUUCAAAUUUCAAAACUCUCUCUCUUCUCUUCUCUCUCUCUCUCUCUAAACUCCAUAGCUACAAACUCCACUUUCUGAGCUUCAUUCUUCUUCCAUCGACCCACAUGCGAUUACCAUGUCCCUUCUCAGCAGAUUCUUCUACAAAAGACCCCCAGAUGGUUUACUUGAAUUCAUCGAUAGAGUUUACGUUUUCGAUUCAUGUUUCUCAACAGAAGCAUUACCAGAUGGAAUGUAUCAGCUAUAUCUUCACGAAAUUGUGACUGAAUUACAUGAAGAGUUUCCAGAAUCUUCGUUUUUAGCUUUCAAUUUUCGUGAGGGAGAGAAACGUAGUGAUUUUGCUGAGAUAAUGUGUGAUUAUGAUGUUAUUGUUAUGGAUUAUCCUAAACAAUAUGAGGGUUGUCCUCUUUUACCACUUUCUCUUGUUCAGCAUUUUCUUCGUGUUUGUGAGAGUUGGCUUUUACUUGGUAAUCAUCAAAAUGUGAUUUUAUUUCAUUGUGAGAGAGGAGGUUGGCCACUUUUGGCUUUUUUAUUAGUAAGUUUGUUGAUUUUUAGAAGGGUUCAUAGUGGUGAACGUAGGACACUUGAUAUGGUUCAUAGAGAAGCACCUAAGGGUUUGUUGCAGUUGUUGUCGCCUUUGAAUCCUUUGCCUUCGCAGCUUCGUUAUAUUCAAUAUGUCGCGCGGAGGAAUAUUGCUCCUGAGUGGCCUCCACCUGAGAGGGCUUUGUCUUUGGAUUGUGUUAUUCUUAGGGGGAUUCCUAGUUUUGAUUCGUCUAAUGGAUGUAGGCCAAUGUUUAGGAUUUUCGGGAGGAAUUUGCUUAGUAGAGGUGGACUAUCUACUCAAAUGAUUUAUAACAUGCACAAGAAGAAACAUUUGAGGCAUUAUCGCCAGGUAGACUGUGAUGUGAUUAAGAUUGAUAUUCAAUGUUUAGUGCAAGGAGAUGUGGUUUUGGAGUGUGUCCAUUUGGAUUUGGAUCCGGAAAGGGAAGUGAUGAUGUUUCGUGUGAUGUUCAAUACAGCGUUUAUUCGAUCCAACAUAUUGAUGCUGAACACUGAAAACUUGGACAUUCUUUGGGAUUCGAAGGAGCGGUAUCCGAAAAGCUUUCGGGCUGAGGUUUUGUUUGGGGAGGUUGAAAACAUAAGUCCUCAGAGAGCUCCGACAGAGACAGCCAUUUUGAAUGGCGAGGAGAAAGGUGGAUUACCCAUUGAAGCAUUUUCAAGAGUUCAAGAACUUUUUAAUGGAGUGGAUUGGGUUGACAGCGGUGAUGCUGCAGCAGUGUGGCUGCUUAGACAGCUUACUGUCUUAAAUGAUGCCAAAGAGUUUUCGAGGUUGCAAGGUAAAGUAAGUUGGUUUUCGUCACCAGCUGACUCUGAAGAAGAAAAUAAUGAAUCAAGUGUUGCUGAUAGUUCAGAUGAGGCCUCUGAUGUUACUCCCAAUUCUUUUGCUGAUCCUUCAAAAUUAUUGACACCCGACACCCCUGAUUUGGAUCAUUUAUCUUUGGAAAACAAUGGUCGAAAUUCUGUAAAUCUCACUUCAAAAAUGUCUGAUCAGUUAUUGACUAAAAAUGCUGCUGGUCCACCUCCACCUCCACCCCCUCCCCCUUUCAUGGCCAGCAAUGCUAGCAGUGAUUCCACAUUGCCUUCACCUCCUUCUUCAGGACCUGUACAUACAAGUUCAGUCCCAUUACCUCCACCCCCACCACCUCCUCCCGGAUUUUCUCAAACAGGUUCAACCCCACAACCUCCGCCUCCACCUCCCCCUCCUCCCGGUCCUGUACGAACAGGUUCAAUCCCACCACCACCACCUCUUCCAGGUACUGUACAAAUAGGUUCAUCCCUGCCCCCUCCACCUCCACCUUCUCCUGGUGUUACUUGGUCAGCCCCACCACCUCCACCUCCUCCAGGUCUUACACAAAUAGGUUUAACCCCGCCGCCGCCACCACCUCCUCCUCCAGUUCCGGUACGAGCAGGUUUUGCCCCGCCACCUCCACCACCUCCUCCAGCUCCCAUACGAACAGGUUCAGCUCCGCCACCUCCACCACCUCCUCCAGGUUCAGUACAAACAGGUUCUGCCCCACCACCCCCACCACCUCCAGGAUCUACACGAAUAGGAUCAGUUCCACCACCUCCUCCGCCCCCUCCAGGUUCUACACAAACAAGAUCAUCCCCACCACCUCCACCACCACCUCCAGGCCCUGCACGAAUAGGAUCAGCCCCACCACCUCCCCCACCUCCUCCAGGUCCUGCACGAACAAGUUCAGCUCCACCACCUCCACCACCUCCUCCAGGUGCACGGACAGGUUCAGCUCCACCACCUCCCCCACCUCCUCCAGGUGCACGAACAGGUUCAGCUCCACCUCCACCACCCCCACCAGGUUCUGUUCGAGCAGGUUCAGCCCCACCACCUCCACCUCCUCCAGGUGUACGGACGGGUUCAGCUCCACCAGCACCAAAGCCUCCAAAUGCUCCUCCUCCACCACCACCUGGUCGUGGUUCGGUGCCGGCACCUCCACUUACUGCAGGCAAGGCCUCUAGUGUGCCUCCACCACUAGGCAAAGCUUCUUUAACAACAACAAAUGUGGGAAGAGGUCGUGGCACUGGUGCUAUUGCUGCUAAGAAAACUUUGUUAAAGCCCCUACAUUGGGUGAAAGUUUCUCGAGCAGCACAAGGGAGUCUAUGGGCUGAUUCACAGAAACAAGGCAGUGGUUCAAGGGCCCCUGAAAUAGACAUAUCGGAACUCGAGACCCUGUUUUCAGCAGCAUCUAUUUCUGAUGGAAAUAGUACUAAUGGUGGAGUCCGGCGUGGUUCUAAUAUUAACAAACCUGAGAAAGUACAAUUGGUUGACUUGCGCAGAGCAUAUAAUUGUGAAAUAAUGCUCUCUAAAAUCAAAAUUCCUUUGCCAGAUAUGCUUAGUGCAGUUUUGGCAUUGGAUUCUGGUGUUCUGGAUAUUGAUCAAGUUGAGAAUCUCAUAAAGUUCUGUCCCACCAAGGAAGAGAUGGAGAUAUUGAAGAACUAUGCUGGGAACAAGGAUAUGCUUGGGAAGUGUGAGCAGUUUUUUAUGGAGCUGAUGAAGGUUCCACGAGUAGAAGCCAAGUUAAGAGUGUUUGCUUUUAAAAUCACCUUUUCUGCUCAGGUGAGCGAUUUAAGGAUAAAUUUGAAUACAAUCAACGAUGCAACCAGAGAGGUCAAAGAGUCGGUAAAAUUGCGUCAAAUAAUGCAGACUAUUCUUACGUUGGGCAAUGCUUUGAAUCAGGGAACAGCACGAGGAUCAGCAGUAGGAUUCAAAUUGGACAGCCUUCUCAAAUUAUCUGAUACCCGUGCAAGAAAUAAUAAAAUGACUUUGAUGCACUAUUUGUGUAAGCUUCUUGCCGAGAAAAUGCCAGAAUUGAUAGAUUUUGACAAGGAUCUUGUGCAUUUAGAAGGUGCUUCUAAGAUCCAACUAAAAGCAUUAGCUGAAGAAAUGCAAGCUGUGCAUAAAGGUUUGGAGAAAGUUGAGCAAGAACUAACUGCUUCUGAAAAUGAUGGUGCUAUAUCUUCAGGAUUUCGCAAGGUGUUGAAGAAUUUUCUUGAUUUUGCUGAAGCUGAUGUGAGGUCACUUAUAUCAUUGUAUGCCGAUGUGGGAAGAAAUGCUGAUUCUUUGUCCCAAUACUUUGGGGAGGAUCCAGCUAGGUGCCCCUUUGAGCAAGUGACACAAAUACUUGUUGUCUUUGUAAAGACCUUCAACAAGUCAAGGGAGGAGAACGAAAGGUUAGCAGAUGCUGAGAAGAAGAAAUUAGAGAAAGAAGCCAUGAAGGACAAGGCAACAAAUAACAUCCAUUCUAAAAAAGAUGUUCGAUAGAUAUUCAUAAGUCAUUAGGAAUAGUUACUGUUGAUAUUUAAUAAUUAUUGUAAAUAUACUGUAGGAUAUCUUAGAUUAUUCUUAGCAUAGCAUAUCCCACCAUAGCACAUAUUCCUUUUGUAAUCAAUGCUCUUAAUUGUAGAAUCGGCUAUAUAAUAGAAUGUCUGUGAUGCUUUUACACACACGGACACGGUUUUCACUA